GCGCAGCGCCCAGUCUCCGCCUACUGUGGGCGGAGUUGCGCCGCAGACGGAUCGCGGUGCCGCCCCUGGCCAAUGAACGUUUGGUGGGCGUGGCCUCGAGCGGCCCAGCUCACGUUGCAGUAAUGCGUGUGCGGCCGGGGAGAAUGCUGGCGAACACGCACGCACGCACGCACACACACACACACACACACACACACACGAGGAAACAAGAAGUUGCGCGCGCUCUCUCGCUCGCGUGGGGACCGUGAAUCGUGAACCCGAGGUUUAUGGACCGUGACCGGGAGUUGGUGCGUUACACGAGUUUGUGCGGCGGAGGAAGAUCCAGGAGGAGAGAGGAACGUGUGGUGAAACACGUCGACACGCGGCUCCAAAACCGGGGCACACCGACACCAGGUAUCUCAGGCUUGUUUACUCAGACUAAAGACUAAAUAAGGGGUCCUGUCCUCAGACCUUACCGAUGGAGUUCUCUAGAAUAACAGUGUAGAUCGUUCCAGAUACAAGAACAAACCGAGACAACACACAGGUGACAUUGGCCACGUGACCAUCCAGAGCAUGCCGAGUGGAGAGAGUUACCAGGAUGGAGAAGAGAAUGGUUCUCUCGAUCCAAGCUGCACGGAACGAGACGUUCCUGCUGACAGGAAGGCAAAACCGGCCAGCAGACGGGGCAUUUCCAGCUCCGGAUUGGUGGCUGGAUCCUGUGACGGAGAACUUUCUGGGGAAGAGCAAGGUCAGGAGGAUGUGGAGAUGAAUGGAAGUCACGAGAGCAUCAGGGGAACGCGGCAGCAUUCUUCUUUGGCUGAUGGGAGUCCUGGAAGCACUACGGGGUCAGCAAGCACCAAAAGUUCAAAGUCUGCGACCGGCUCGUCAUCCUGCAGCCUCCACAGCGCAGCCGGCAUUCAGAGCAGACACCACGCAGACUGCAGUGUUAGCGAGCAAGCGGAGCAGGGCCGAGACCACACUCACCAGGCGAUGAUGCAGACAGUGCAGGAGAUGAAGAAGAGGCUGCCGUCUGAGAAACGGAGCCGCAGCAAACCAAGUACUGUGGAGGCUCUGAACUAUGCCCUUAACUGUGUCAAACAAGUGCAAGCAAACAGCGAGUACUACAAGUUACUGAUGUGCAACGGACUGGAGGAGAGAAAAGAUGCCACGGUCUGCACCCUGGAGCAGCUGGAGAGUAUCACGUCCGAGCACACGCUCAAAAACACGGACACGUUUGUGGUGGUCUUCUCGCUGGCUACAGGGCGAGUGGUGUAUGCGUCGGAACAGGCCUCCAGCAUCCUCCACUGCAAGCGCAAGUUCCUCGACUCUGCCAAGUUUGUAGAGCUUCUGUUUCACCAAGACGUAAACGUGUUUUACUCUCACACCGCACAACCGCACCUGCCGCCCUGGAACAUGAGCGUAGACAGUGUUGCAGUCCUUUUUGAAUACGCCCAAGUGAAGUCCUUCUUCUGCAGAAUCAGAGGAGGGAAAGACCGCGAUGGCGAGAUGCGUUACAACCCGUUCCGUAUCACGCCGUACCUGCUGAAGGUGCAGGGCAUGGGUGGAGAGGAGGAGCAUCCGUGUUGCUUGGCUCUUGUUGAACGUAUCAUCUCAGGAUACGAGGCUCCGCGGAUUCCCACUGACAAACGCAUCUUCACUACAACACACUCUCCAGGGUGUGUGUUCCUAGAAGUAGAUGACCGCGCCGUACCUUUACUUGGAUACCUCCCUCAGGACCUGGUCGGCACGUCGGUGUUGACCUGCCUCCACCCAGAGGAUCGCGCUCUCAUGCUGGCCAUGCAUCGAAAAAUUCUAAAAUACGCAGGCCAGCCACCGUUUGAACAUUCCCCAAUCCGCCUCCGAUGUCAGAACGGAGAUUACGUCACGCUGGACACCAGCUGGUCCAGCUUCGUCACCUGGAGCCGCAAAGUGGCCUUCAUUAUCGGGAGGCACAAAGUCCGCACCGGGCCUCUGAAUGAGGACGUAUUUGCUACACGGAACAAAGCAGAGCUUCCUAUCAUGCAUGAAGAUGUGAAGGAAUUGCAGGCCAUGAUCUACAAGCUUUUCCUACAGCCCGUCCACACUAACGGCUCGAGUGGUUACGGAAGCCUGGGCAGUAACGGUUCUCACGAGCACUACAUCAGCGUGGCCUCAUCCAGCGACAGCAACGGGAACCUGUGGGAUGAUUCGCACCGAGAGACGGUGACCCUCCAGCAGAUAUGUGCUAAUGUUAAUAAAGUGAAGAGUGGCGGUCAGCAGGCGUACCUGCACUCCCGGAGGAAAACCACGGCGAUGGGGAAAAAUAGAGCAGAACCCGCAGCUCCCAUCCAUCACGAUGAUCAGCGUUUAGCGAUUCAGCGUCUUCGAAGCUCCAUCGAGGACUCUCACAGGAAGCAGCCGCACAUUCCGUCGUACCAGCAGAUCAACUGUGUGGACAGCAUCAUCAGGUACUUGGAGAGCUGUAGUGGCCCUGCACUGAAGAGGAAAAGCCAAUCCUUGUCCAUUGCUACCUCCUCAUCUUCUACCACGUCCGAGGAGGACAAGACUCCAGUGGCCCCACUGGUGGACAGAAGUAAUGCUGAUGCGGUAACCAUGAAAGCAAGUGCUGGACUGGAGAGCCAGGUUUCAGUGGGAUCUGCAGUGACCGUAGCACACACGACAGCAGCCGUGGUCGGGGCUCCGCUAACUGACAUCACUCUAUCCACGAAAGCUAUGAGUGUGGUGUCUGUGACCAGCCAGUGCAGCUACAGCAGCACCAUCGUGCACGUUCCCCAGCCUGAAUCUGAAGUGACCGCUCUAGAGGACACGCCGAUGGGAAGCGAACCAGCCGACCCAGCUCCUGCACCGUCACGGCCGACCCCAGGUUCCUCCACCACUGCACAGGAGGAGUUCCAAGUUGUGGGGCUGACCAAGGAGGUUCUGUCUGCACACACACAGAAAGAGGAGCAGGAGUAUGUGGAUCGCUUCAAGCAUCGCAUCCUGGAGAGCCCAUUUAGCUCUUAUCUCCAACAGGACAACGGCAGCAUGGCGCACUCCAACCACAGAGGUGAUUAUGCCAUGAGGCCCGUGCAUACCAGAGACUUGAACAGGUCCCAUUCAGGCAAACCGCGACACAAGCGUGCAAAGCCACAGGUGUCAUCUGACAGCGACGGCUCACGGCCUGGACACUUCCUUCCGAUUACCUUGUCUGCUCCCAAUAACUCGUCCUCCGAAACAUCCCAACCCAAACCCGGCUAUUUUUCGCCCAUGCUGAUGCCCGUUCAGCCUCCUUACUACCCCAUCCCCUCUCACACUGGUGCCAUGCAGCCACAUGGUGUCCCUAUGGUGGUGCAGCCGGAACAGCCACAGCCGCUCAUGCAGGUCACAAAUCCUUUUAUGUCCCCGGUCAUGGCAGUCAUCAUGCCCUACCCUGCCAACUACAUCAUCUACCCCCAGGCAGUACCAGGCAUGCCAGGUGUAACUCCACCUGGAUUAGUGCCUCCUCCACGUGCCCAACCUUCCUUUAUGUCCAUCGUGGGAAAUCCACUUGCUCCGACUGCCCCCUGCUCAGUGCCCCCAGCAUAUGGAGCGUUGCUGUCUUCACCGAUCUCAUCCCCGUGGCCGGAAGAGGAUGUGGAUGGCGCUCAGCCCACAGCUCUGUUCUCCAGCUCCAGGUCCAGCAGUCCGCUACAGCUCAACCUCCUGCAGGAGGAAUUGCCGAAUCCGAACGCACCGGAAAGGAAUAUGGGUGGAGCCGAAAGCCUGCAGGAGCAGCACACUAAGGAGGACGCUCCCAGUGAUUCUGGUAACCAGGACGCUCAAUCCACAUCCAGUGUGCUGCUGGACCUGCUCCUGCACGAGGAUGCUCGCUCCGGAACCGGCUCUAAUGCCUCAGGUAGUGGGUCUGGAGAAUCCGGGGGUUCUCUGGGUUCGGGUUCAGGUCUGGGCUCCAACGGAACGUCCACCAGCCACACAGGCAACAGCAGCAACAGCAGCAAGUACUUCGCCAGCAACGAUUCAUCGUCCCGCACGUCUCGCAAGGCCAGGAAGAGCCAGGAUGCACGUGACUUUGACAGACGCGUGGAGGAUUCGCUGUGGACCAUGAUCCAGCACACACCAGAACCGGUCAUGAUGACAUAUCAGAUCCAUCCCAGGGAUCAGGCACAGGUUCUGAAGGAGGACCGGGAGAAGCUGCGCCUUCUGCAGCCGUUGCAGCCGUGGUUCACUCAGGAGCAGAAGGAGGAACUGGCUGAGGUACAUUCCUGGAUCCACUAUCACACUGUACCCGAGGAGAUAAACACGCAAGGGUGUGUGAGCUGUAACAGUACUACAUUAGAAGAAAGUGUCAUGGUGGACCGAUCUCCACGCCUGCCCGCUCCGGACAGCUCGCCCCCUCAGGAUUGCCCCGUGGAGGACGUCUACCCAAACUCUGACACCUGAACCCGCUUCGUUUUUGCAUUCAGAAACCCCGCCCCCUCUUCACAAAGCCGGAGAAUUACUACGCCUCAUCCGAUCAGCACGCUCGGUAAGAGGACGUGAUGUUACGUGACGACCGAGUCUCUUCAAAAACGGAAACAAAUCUCAGAACCUUCUCGAACUACCGUGUGAGACUGACGUUCGUGUGGUCUGGAUUCUGGAACCACAAAACUGUGAAUCAACAAAACUCUCAUUUAUAUCAGUAUUGAAUUUUUCACUUCGUAUUUUUUACCGUUACAGCUCUGGAUUCACUGUGUUUUAUAUGAACUGAUGAAGACGUGACCCUCGGAGCCUAACGUUCGUCGGUCUUUCCUGCCAAUUUCGCGCGCUGCGACGAUUUGUUCUCUUCGAACAAAAUCGAGCACUUUGUCCUCCUGUGAUGAUUUUUUCUGUCCUUUUGUCUUGUGUCUCGAAUUCCAAUCUACGCUACGUACACCGUUUCGAAAACAUGCAUACAUGCGAUUUCUUGUUGAAGGUUUUUUUUUUUCGGACGUUUUUUCCCAUCAGUGUCUUGACUCGGUUUUCUUUUGCACGGCAAAACCCAUGAUUGGUUACAUGAAAAAAAAAUUAAAUCAAAUUAAGCUGUAAGCGAUGCUCUCUCCAUUUGCACUCAAUGAAAUGAGCACUAUUUAUUAUUAUAAUUAUUUUGUAUAGAAUAUAAAGAUUUAUUUUAGGUUUUUUUUUAUUCCUUAUCUUUAUUCCUCAGGUCCUAAUUCCUCCAGCUUUUUACAAUCAUUCAGUCUUUCUUAGAAAUUUGGAAGCAAGGAACAUUUUACCAUCGAUCCCCCACAUCCCCCACCCCCUGAACUCACGACCCGCUGAUCGCUAAACGUGAGUGACGAUCUGACGUUCAGAAGACACGUGACAAUCUAAUUGUGUUUGAUUCAAUUUUUCGCAUCCGAUCCGUAAAAUUGGACGUCACUUCCUUACUGUCGUGAUCCUUUAAUGUCAAGAUGAAAGUCGGGUUUUUUCAUAUUAUUUAUUAACGUUGUACCAAAAACUUUUCCGCUCUGUCUGCUCAGAAAAAGGUUUUCUGCUGAUUUUACUCCCGUAUUUGUGUGAACGGAAAUGCAACUUUUAAUUAAAUGUUGUAACGUAACAUUGCCGUUCGUGUACAAUCGGAAGGGGGCGGAGUUUAGGAGGGGGGUGAGGCAUCAGGGUGGGUCAGAAGCACAAAUUUCUAAUUUCUAAAUUAAUUUUGUGGACAUAAAAACAGGGUAUUUUGUACAGUUUUUUUUUUUUCCAUGAUCGAUGUAAAUAAUGUGCUUAUGUAUUUUGCAUAAAGAAAAAAAUUUGAUGAA